UUUCUUUCUUCAAGCCCUGGAAUGAGAGAAAAACUCCAGAAUCGGCUUGAUAGCCAUAAACGACAAUCUAUGAUGCUAGAACUGUAUAGACAGAAUCAACAAAAGAAGUUAGGACUUGCUCAAGAGAGAAAGUCCAAAUUUGAAACUGUUGACAGUAGAGUUAUCCUCUAUAGGUUCCUUGGACAUCUCGAAAUCCAUGAUGGACAUGUCUGGAAGUUGAGCACAAGCUGUUGGAUCUGUGAUAAAUGGCAGUACACAUGUCUAAUCACUAACCCUCUAACAGCACAUUCAAAUUUUAGGCAAUCUAACUCAUUUGACAGUCAUUAUAUUCAUAAAUAAAAUUAGUGACUGGAACAAACCUUCAAAGUUACAUGAGUUAAGUAAUACAGAGACUCCCAUCAUCACAGGAUCUUUCUGUAAAUGGAAAUGUCAGAAGAUGAUCAAGAUCGAGAAGUUUUACGACUGUCUGCUCAAAAACAGACUUCCAAACGAGAGAAUCUACGUUAAGGAAGAAGGCAAUGAUCUUAUGACCAAGAUCUCAAAGAUUUUAAACACAGAAAUUUACACUAUGUUUCGCAACCAGAAAUGAUUCGCCUCAGAGAGAAAGCCUACUAUCAUGAGUAAGAUCAUGGAGAAGAAGUCUGAAGAGAAGAGAAAUAAGGAGAAGUCAGCAGAAAUUAUGAUGAAGUUCCUUCUUCGUCAAAAAUUUGCUAAAAAUCCAGUAUAUUCUAUAGAUAUGAUGAACCCUACAUCUAAGAAGCAUUGCAAGAUGUUGAAAUGAAUCAAGAAAACAAGGUUUUUCAAUAUCCUUUUUAAAACAGGGGCAAAGCAAAAUGCAAUCAUUUACCGCUCUAGAAGGUAUGGGGGUAUUUUUACGAAUGAAAUUGAGAAAUUGAUGAAAAGAGAUUCUCCACAUUUUGUUAUACCUAUGAAAGAUAUUGUUCAAGACCACCAGGGGCUUCUUGAAGGCUAUAAACAGAAAAACCUUACUAACCAAGAGCUUAGUCAAUAUUUUGUGUAUGCAACAUUCAUGCCUCCUGGGGAUACCAAGAUAAUCAUUAAUUAUGAUGGAAUUGAGAAUAAGGAGUCUCACAAUCUGCUUGAGUCUAUAAUCCCAGUCAGGAAGAGAGAUCUGGUUCUUCACAAGAAAAUGAUCAAAAAGAAGUUAGUAGUCAGGCAAUUCCAGAAACAUCUUUCUGUCUUCAAAGACUGGAUGCCUGAUACUCAAUAUAGCUUGAGAUUGUCAUUAGAUAAUGAUCUAAAAUACUCAAAACUUCGCAGGUUCAUCACCUCGAGGUCUGAAUUCAAUGAAAUUUACUCUAUUCUACUUGACAAUCUGCCAAGACUAAAGGAGAUAUUUACCUACUGAAUCGGGGUAUCUUCCUAUCCAUAUAUAUCAUGGUUGGAGUUUUAUAGACUUUGAGAGCAACUGCACAUCCCUGACCGGGGGACAUGCUCUAAGGCAACCAUAGACAACACUUUUAUCACGACUAAUUUUGAGCAGGUUGAGUUGGAGGACAACCCUGAUAAGUCACUUUGUAGAUACGAGUUUUAUGAAAUCCUGAUUAGACUAUCCUAUGCGAAGUACAUCAAAUCUAACACAGACAGAACUUUAUCAGAGGCUUUUGGAAGAAUGCUCAGUGACAAUGUGUUUAAAUAUUCUGACUUCGCCAUUGAAGGGCAACAAUGGCGUGAAGAUUACCUAUGGACUGUCCAGCUAGACGAUCUAUACCAAGCUAAUUUGGAGCACAUAAGAAGAAUUUUCAAACUAAUCAAGCAUGAGAAGUUUCCGUACUGCACAUUGUCAAGUCUGACUGACUUCUGCCAUAAACUAGAUCUGAGUCUUUCGAAGCGUAAAAUUGAUUUAUCGUUCUCUUUAUGUAAGAUGACUGUCGUCAAUGAGAUGGAAGAGAGUGCAAAGCUUGAGCAGCUGCUGUUCCCUGAGUUUUUAGAGUUUAUCGCCAGACUUGGCCAACAAGUCUUUGAGAAGAAUGAAACUAUGAAGCUGUAUGAUAAGGUGUUCAAGAUUCUUCAAAAAAUGUUCUUAAUAAUAGAAGAAGAAGCAAUUGACCCUUACAGAGAAGGCAGCAACGGAAUUGAAGAGGAAGAAGAAACAGAUGAAGAAGAAUACAGUGCCUAAACCCAAAAUCAAC